GCAGUGGCGGGCCGUGGCUGCGGGUGCGCCGCGCCGCGCCGCGCGCCUUCGCCGCCAUGGAUCUCUUCGGGGACCUGCGGCGCAUGAACAAGCGGCAGCUGUAUUACCAAGUCUUAAAUUUUGCUAUGAUAGUAUCUUCUGCCCUUAUGAUAUGGAAAGGGCUGAUUGUCAUUACUGGAAGUGAAAGCCCUAUCGUUGUGGUGCUCAGUGGCAGCAUGGAACCAGCUUUUCACAGGGGAGACCUGUUGUUCUUAACAAAUUUCCAUGAUGACCCAAUCAGAGCUGGUGAAAUAGUUGUUUUUAAAGUUGAAGGCAGAGACAUUCCAAUAGUUCACAGAGUAAUCAAAAUUCAUGAGAAAGAAAAUGGGGACAUCAAAUUUCUGACUAAAGGUGAUAAUAAUGAAGUCGAUGAUAGGGGCUUAUACAAAGAAGGUCAGAACUGGUUAGAGAAGAAAGACGUUGUUGGAAGAGCAAGAGGAUUUUUGCCUUAUGUUGGUAUGGUAACUAUAAUAAUGAAUGACUAUCCAAAAUUUAAGUAUGCUCUUCUGGCAGUAAUGGGAGCAUAUGUACUACUGAAACGUGAAUCCUAAAUAAAAAAAAUUUAAAAAGAAGAGAGUGCGCCACUUUUCCAAGAAUGAAGUUAAAUAUACUGGGAAAAUAUAUAUAUAUUUCAGAUGUUUUAAUUUCUAUAUACAGUUACAAAACUGCAAACUUUUGUCUUGUCUAAAUAAACUGUACAGCUAAUGAGUAAA